ACCUUCCAAAACAAACCCCUACCCACGUUCUGAAUAACAAAAGACUUAUUUGUCAAUGGACCCGGUAAAGAGAAAACGGCCAGAUGACGGAGAAAAGGACGGAAAGUCGAAGAGAAUCAAUGAAAACGAAGUUAGCAGAGGACUGACGGUGAAGGAUGAUGAGGUAGACGAGUUUUUUGCGAUAUUGAAGAGGAUACAAGUGGCCGUCAAGUAUUUCGAGAAGAGUAGCGGCGGGAGACGUGAGUUGAAGGGAAAAGGAUGGCGAUCAAGCUUCGAAGCCGAGGAUUUCGACGGAGAUAACGGUGAUAAUAACACUGAGAAUAAUGGAAGCAAAACGGAGGAAGCUACAGAAGAAAUUUCGGGUCUCGAUCUGAACGGGGAUCCUGGAUCAACCACACUAACCUUGAAUUAAAGUUAAUUAUUUUCAAUAAUAAUACUAUGUUUUUUUUUUUUUCUGUUUUCUUUAUGUAAAGCAUCUCAUCAGAAGGGACGUACACCUUGUUCCGUUAUCUUUUUCCUGUAAAACUGUAGUGAUACCUAAAUCAUACCGUAUAGUAUAUAUUAUAUGGUGUGUUUAUUAUAUUUAUAUUAUAUUAUAUUAUAUAGAGUGAAUAAUUAUAAAUAAUUAUUAUAUUAUGUCACUCUAAACUUUGCAAUCAGUUUGUGAUGGAGGUGGAGAGACCGACCAAUGUUAUUAAUAUUUAAUUUAUG